AUGACCUCUUCGACCAAACGACCUUCAUCCCCUUCCUCAUCUUCACCGACCCCGAACGGCCCUUUCAAGAAACCACGUCCUUCCUCACCUCAGAAAAAUGUAUCACUCCAUCAAUGGCUUCACCCCACUGCCGCUCCCUUACUACUCUCCCAUUCUCCACCCCUCCAUUCGUCAUCAUCAACUUUCCUAUCAUUCACGAUAUCCUUCUUACCUCCUUCGCACAUCACCACCGUCCAGUCGUUGGAAAAAGAAUGUCGACGCAUAGUACGCGAACUGAACGUUGUUGGCCUGGUAGGAGACAUCGUAUCGAAAGGUGACGAAGGUGCUUUCCAAGAUGGAGAAGGGAGAGCUCCAGGAAGAGGGAGAGAGUCGGGCAAAGAGAGGAUUAGAGAACCUGAUCAUAGGAUUUGGGGAGUUAGGACAUUGGGAUUGAGGGAGGGUAAAGAUGGAACGGGAGGUGAAGGUGACUAUCAACUCCUUGAAGCUUCUUUCGACGAUAAUGAGAAAUACGGCGGUCAAACUAUCUUGAAAGCCUUGAGGGAGAAUAAUGGGAUUGACGUAUUGAGCGUGUGCUGUAGAUGGUAUGGUGGAGAUAUGAUAGGACCAAUCCGAUUCCAACAUAUAACAACUACAGUCCUUACUUCUCUCAAAUCUACCCUCAAGCUCAUGACAUUGAGAGAUCUACGCACGAAUUUGGAAGCAUUGGAUGAAGAAAUCAGUUCAUUACGAUCAAGUCUAGUACCCAUCGCUGCAAAAGGGGAUGGUAACGGUGUACAAAGCGGUGAUAGCAACGAUAACGGGAAGUAUGCCAAUAUCGAGGACGAGAAGCAAUUAGAAAGGUUGGUGGUCGCUAGGGAACGAACGAAGGAUGCUUUGGAGAAAAGAUUGAGCAAAGGGAGUUGA